UUGGCCUUGACUGUUCAGUGCCUCACUUUUGUUUCGGUACUCAGUCAUGGUUUGAACUGGUCAGUGAGUUUGAAUGCCGCUAGUGAGCCAAUAGAGCUGCUAAUAUCGUAACCUUCUGAGCCAGAACAGUAUUCCGGCAACAAAUUGACUUUCCUUACAUCUUAAGGUUCAAGAUGAGUAAAAGAACAAGACAGAUAAAAGACCCCAUCGAAUAAUCUCAUUCUGCUCAUCCUCAUGACUUGGAAAUGACGGUAGAGUCAAGUGAAAUUCCUUUGCAGACUGUCCUUGCUGUUGACGAAAUUGAGAAACCACAUCCAUAUGCUGUAUCAGCUCGGGAUGAAGAUCAACCUGAGUUACGACUGGAUUGGCGUCAAGCACGCGAACCCACCAAAGUCUGCAGCACUGCUGGCUCGCCGCUACAAACCCACGCCGUUCCCUCAGAACAAUUACGCUUAUCACCAGCAAACCCCUGCAUAGACCAAGAUCAAGGGCAACAAGAAGGUCGCACCAGAUUGAACUUCGAUGGGCUAAAUCAGGUCCUAAAUCUGGGUGUACCCAGAGCCGAACAACGGACAGUGGAUACCAGGUCAAUGUAUGACAAUACCCCCUCACACUCUUUCACGAACAGCGAGAGGUCAAAUAUACCUACAAUGACAUCUUGCAAGAUGUUGCCAUCAUUCAUGUGCUCAGAAGAGGGGCCCCAGGAGGACGUAUCUCCAGAAUAUCUACACUUGAGUCGCAGCAUAGUGCUCAGACAGAGAAUGCUCGCCUAUGGAGAGAUAAGGCAGGACGUUUUGUGGGGUCAUUGACCUGGUAACUGAGUCCUUUGAGUCUUCGAGAGCAGACAGCGGUGUCGAAGCAGUUUGCUUGUCUGGAGCAGUGGCCAUACGUUCGUAUGAACCGGAUGCAGUUGAAAGUGCGCUGAAGGACCGUUUGAUGUGUUUUAUGUUGG